CAAUCAAAACGUUAUCAUUCAGUUAUCUCAACGACUCAAAUUCAAAAUGAAAUUCGUUAUUGUCUUCUCUGCUCUGUUCGCAGUUGCUUUUGCUGCUUCCCUACAGGACUCUUCCCUUAACGCCGGAAUCAUCCGUUAUGAAAACGACAAUAUCGGAGUUGAAGGAUACAAAUACGCUGUUGAGACCAGCGAUGGUUCAUCUCACAGCGAAGAAGGAGUCUUGACAAAUCUUGGCAAGGAAGGUGAAGGUCUUUCAGUCCAUGGACAAUACAGUUAUGUUGGCCCCGAUGGUGUCACCUACACUGUCACCUAUAUUGCUGAUGAGAACGGUUUCCAACCCCAAGGUGCUCAUUUACCAAAUGGUGCUCAAUAAAUGAAACAACUAAGAACCGUGCGUCGUCGUCGUUAAAGUUCACCGAUUGAUCAUGUUGUAGUCAAUCGGUUUUUUGAAAACACUGUUUACCUGUGUAGUUAAGGACAUGAUGAUUUUGAUUAAAGAAAAAAGCAAACAUUGGAA